AUGGUUAUAGGUGAGAAGCCUCACUACGAUUUAAAUAACGCCCCUGCUCUGUUUGACAAAUUCAUGAAGGAUUACAACAGAAAUUAUAAGGAUGCGAUUGAUAGAGAAGUACAUUAUCAGAUCUUUGUUAACAGUUUAAAGGAAAUAAACGAAGCUAAUGCCAGAUCUUCUCCAACUGUGUACGAUAUUAAUGGCUUUGCUGACUACACGAAAGAGGAAGAAAGACACUUACGUGGGCUAUUAAUAGGUAACGUACCCUUUUUGUUAUCAUAA